ACAAGGCUUGGUUACCCGAGUAGUUGUUCCGCCAUCUUGGGUAUUUCGAAGAUUUUGCGACCUGUUCCGAAAAUCUUUCGGCAUAAUGUCCCUGAAAACCAUAGUCAGCAAAAGGCUGAUUGAGAAUGUUUUCGCUCCAAUUCACCAACCCGGAGAAUGGAGGGCGCUGGUUCUUGAUCACUUGAGCACCAGGAUGAUUUCUUCGUGUGUAAAAAUGCACGACUUGAUUGACAAUGGAGUAACAGUUGUUGAAAAUCUGGAAAAACGCAGAGAGCCUCUUCCUCAAUUAGAGGCCAUCUAUAUCCUGACGCCAGAGGAGGAUUCUAUUAGCUUGCUGGUGGCCGACUUCAAAGAAUAUCCCUUGAAGUACAAAGGGGCCCAUUUGUUUUUCACAGAGGUCUGUCCUGACUCUCUCCUCGUCCAGCUACAGGGCAUCAAAAGAUUUAUAAAGACCCUGAAAGAAAUCAAUAUUGCAUUUUUACCCUAUGAGUCUCAGGUGUUUUCUUUGGAUAGCACUCAGGGAUUUGGCAAGUUUUAUGCACCUGGAGUGGAAAACAAGGAGAGGAUACAAUAUCUGGAGAGAAUGGCAGAGCAGCUUGCUACUUUGUGCGCCACUCUUGGGGAAUACCCAUCUAUUAGAUUCAGGCAUGAGUCUCCAAAACUGACAGAAUUUGCUCACAUUGUACAAGGAAGACUUGAUGCUUACAAAGCUGAUGAUCCAACAAUGGGCGAGGGGAGUGCACACAAACAUCGCUCCCAGCUGAUCAUACUUGACAGGGCUUUUGAUCCAGUGUCUCCACUUCUACAUGAGCUGACCCUGCAGGCAAUGGCCUAUGACCUACUUGACAUAACAAAUGAUGUCUACAAGUUUGUCACCAAGAAUGGCGAUGCUGACAAGGACUCUCUUUUAGACGAUAAUGACCCAAUGUGGGUGAAGCUCAGACAUUUACACAUUGCUGAUGUUUCAAGGAAAAUAUCAGAUGAAAUCAAGGAAUUUGCUGGCAAAAAAAGAAUGUCAACAACAGAGAAGAGCACAUUAAAGGAUUUACAAGUCAUGCUGAAGAAAAUGCCACAAUAUCAAAAAGAGCUUGGACAGUACAUCCUUCACUUCCAUUUGGCUGAGGACUGCAUGAACCACUAUCAGGAGACAGCAGACAAGCUAUGUGGUGUUGAGCAGGACCUGGCAACAGGCGUGGACAAGACAGGAGAAUCAAUACGAGAUCCCAUGAAGAACAUCGUCCCUCUUCUGCUCGACAAAAAUGUCAAUAUUUACGACAAGAUUCGUAUUAUUAUCCUCUACAUACUAUUCAAGAAUGGGAUCACAGAAGAGAAUCUGACCAAACUUUGUCAGCACGCACAAAUUCCUCAGAGCGACAGAACUAUUAUCACAAAUAUGGCGAACCUCGGAAUACCUAUCGUCCAAGAUAGCGGAAAGAAGAAACCCAAGCCUGAACGCAAAGAGCGAGACGAGACGUUCUACCAGCUGUCGCGAUGGGUUCCUUAUGUCAAGGACAUCAUGGAGGACGCGAUCGAGGACAAGCUGAGUAGCAAGGCGUUUCCAUUCCUGUCCCAGCGUGCCGCGGGGGGCUCAGCUUCAGCUGUUGGACAGGCUGUGAGCGCCCGGUACGGCAAUUGGUACAAGCAUGAUAAGGCGUGUACUGACUCCCGUUCACUGCCUCGACUUAUUGUCUUCAUCAUGGGCGGUGUGAGCUACUCCGAGACAAGGGCCGCGUACCAGGUAACCGCUGCGAACGCCAACUGGGAGGUUUUGAUUGGUUCUGAUGAAGUUAUCACACCUAAAAAAUUUCUCGAAAAACUUGGUAAAUUGGGUACCUAAACUCAAGAAAGUUAUAUGAAUAAGAACAAUAACGACAUCAUCAUCAAAAUCAUCCUCAGCCUGCCAUCCUGUACAAUUAAGCACAAUAGUUUAGACAACAGAAAUAAAAGUUAGAUCUUUAGUAGAGUGGUUUUCCGUAAAAUACUUUCUAGUUUAUUAAGUCCUAAUACACUGUAAUGUUUUUAUUCUCUUUUGUUCUGGCUUGAAUUUCACACUUUAACAAUUAAAUUUUGUUGCACGUGAUUUUGAAAACUACUCUAUCACAUUAAUGGUGUAGUGCUGAAACCUGUAAUAUUUAAAUGGAAAUUUAGCUGGUAAGAUGAAAAAUUGAUUACAUCAUAAUGCGAAAAAGUACAAUAUUGAAAAUAACAAUGCCGUAGGUCCUAGUACAAGUAUUAAUAUCUAAAUGAUCAAAAUAAUGUUUGAUGGCCUAAUUGUCUUUUGCAACUUUUCACAGUUUGUAGUCAAUCACCAAAAAUGAACUCAGUAAUUUUUCGGUACAGAACUACCAGAUGUGUAAAUAGCUACUCGAGCAUUAUUAACUUCCAAGAACUGAAAAUUAUAAGUAAUGAAUUUUGUAAUAAAACUAUGUUAUUAUAUGGC